GUGGAUUGACACAUCUAAAGAAUGGAGGUGUGCGAAUUCGUCUUGUGUUUAUGCGCAGACUGAGCAGACACAUAUGUGUGAGAGAGGAAACGGGGUCAGCGGCGGAAAAGGAGGGCACUUUCAAGUCACAGCGUCGACUGUCGCCUCCCGGUGACUCACGUCUCUCCCCCGUGUCUCUCUCUUUCUGAGGUGGGUCCAUCAUACAACAAUGGACUGGUGGAGACUCAACUCGUAGAACCAUCCUGCAACUGUCCGGGGGGAGAGCCGAGUAUAGAAGCGGGACAUCGGGACAAAUCAAUGAAUGUUUCUUGUCCUGCACUUCAGACAACCAGCAGCACACCGUGCGUAAAUGCGCUCGGCUUCUGAUCAGCGCUCUAAAUGUUGAGCCUCGGUUCUUGACAGACGUCGUUGUAGUGACUCGAUUUCUUCAUCUACCCGCUGAGCGGAUGGAGUGAAUUUUGCAAAAGGGGAGGGAGAGAGCGCACCGUUUGGCUGCGUGUGAUGAUAGGAGACACAAUGACGCUCUUGUCUCUUUUGGGUCGGAUCAUGCGAUAUUUCCUCCUCAGGCCGGAGACGUUGUUUUUGUUGUGCAUCAGUCUGGCGCUGUGGAGCUACUUCUUUCACACCGACGAGGUGAAAACCAUCGUCAAGUCCAGCCGCGAUGCCGUGAAGAUGGUGAAGGGGAAGGUGGCGGAGAUGAUGCAGAAUGACCGGCUCGGAGGCCUCAGCGUCCUGGACGCGGAGUUCUCCAAGACCUGGGAUUUCAAGAGCAACAACGUAGCCGUCUACUCCAUACAGGGCAGGAGAGAUCACAUGGAGGACCGCUUCGAGGUGCUCACCGACAUUACCAACAAGACCCACCCGUCCAUUUUCGGGAUAUUCGACGGUCAUGGUGGAGAGGCUGCAGCCGAUUACGUGAAGGCCCAUCUGCCAGAGUCGCUGAAGCAGCAGCUGCAGUCCUUCGAGAGAGAGAAGAGAGAGAGCGCCCUCUCUUACAACAGCAUCCUCGAGCAGCGCAUCCUGGCUGUGGACCGAGAGAUGAUUGACAAACUGUCGGCCAGCCACGAUGAAGCAGGGACAACAUGUCUGGUAGCGCUGCUCUCAGACAGAGAGCUCACAGUGGCAAAUGUUGGAGACUCUCGUGGGGUGCUGUGCGACAAAGAUGGGAACGCUGUCGCACUGUCACACGAUCACAAACCAUAUCAGCUCAAAGAACGCAAGCGGAUCAAGAGGGCAGGAGGUUUCAUUAGUUUUAAUGGCUCCUGGAGGGUGCAGGGGAUCCUGGCAAUGUCCCGCUCUCUCGGGGACUACCCACUUAAAAACCUCAACGUAGUCAUCCCUGACCCUGACAUCAUGACCUUUGACUUGGACAAACUGCAGCCAGAGUUCAUGAUCCUGGCUUCAGACGGCCUGUGGGACGCCUUCAGUAACGAAGAGGCCGUGCGAUUUGUCCGGGAGCGUCUGGAUGAGCCUCACUUCGGUGCUAAGAGCAUUGUUCUCCAGUCCUUCUACCGCGGCUGCCCCGACAACAUUACUGUAAUGGUGGUGAAAUUCAAGAGCGGAGCUGGAGGGAGCAGCAAGGGUCAAGUGUAGAGCUCACGCUGUGAUCAAUGUUGUCUAUGAGUUUCCCCAUCUUAUGGAUGGAGCCGCAAGAGCGGGUAUGAAGUACUGACACAUACAGACAAACGCACACACAAACACAUGUAGAAUUAUUAUUUUUGUUUGUUUGUAGGUUUAUGACUGAGAUAAGGGCAUGUACAUUUACAAUAUAGAUUGAGUAACCAUCUGUUGACUUAAUUAUGGACUGAUUCUAAUAUAGAAGUUCUUCAUCAGUAAAGUAGAGAUGCAUAAAAUGCUGGACACCAAACAAGGAUUUCUCUUUACCAGCACACUUAAGACGGGCUGAUUUAUUGCUGUUUACUGUACAUGCACAUGAACGGUACAGCUCCACUGGAAGCUUCUUUAGUGGAGGCUUCGACUAGUGCCUAUUAAGAGUCACUUGUGCAACUACAGGAAGCCACUGUAAACUGCUUUUGCCAGGACCACACUGCUUGCUGCAUUUUGAUGACGCUCUCUCAUAAUUGACGUCAUAACUCCCAAUGUUGACCCCAGAAAAGUGACUCCAGUUGAAUGCAUAUACCUUGAUUUAAAAAGGUAGAGUUGGAGAUCCUGAAAAAACCGUUGAAUUGAGUUUGAAUUCAAAAAGUCCUAAGACGCUUUCUUCAGACUUCCCUCCGAAGCAACGUCUCCAGAGCACAACGAACACAGACUCACGAGCACUGCGCAGCAUCGGUAACUUUCGGUACUUUGCGGUGGCGCUUACGUUUUUUGGAUACUUGUUCAAUUGGCAACAACAACAAUUAAUCUCAGAAGUUCACAAAGACGUAAAGUUGACUCACCGGUCCAGUAGAAACAUGGCCACCGUGUCGUCACUUUGCAGCCACCGUUUAAACGCAGCAUGUUCACUCUGGUCCUGGAUCGCUCUGCAUCAGCCUUUUUCUUGGCAGUAACGUUCCCCCCC